ACCCGGUGGGGCAGAACAACUUGUCCUCCUUAUUCAAAACUUGUAUAUGACGGUGUGGCUGGUGGACAAUUUUAUUCUCAUACUGGUGGCGGAAGUAAUCUCUUGUGUCUACCCAACGAUCCCAUUUGGGCCAAUUAUACUACAGAAGUUGAAGAAGGUGGUUACAUUUAUGGUAGUGAAUAUGAACUAACUUUUUACCCAACUAAUAAACUCUUUUCUUUUGCUAACGCUGAAUCAAUUCAUGAGCACAACGUUCCGUGCGCUGUCUGUUUGACACGACAACCUGCUGUUGUUAUGAUGUUACCAGCCAGGACAAAGUGUUACGCUGGUUGGACAGCUGAGUAUUCGGGAUAUUUGAUGACCGAGUAUUAUAAGCAUAAGGGCAGACAUGAGUAUGUGUGUGUGGACUACGAACCAGAAGCUGAUCCAGCAGGUUACAGAAACGAAAAUGGAGCUCUAUUAUAUUUCGUUCAGGCUGCUUGUGGUUCAUUGCCAUGUCCACCGUAUGUCAAUGGUUGUUCCCUUCUUGAUCUGCUUUGGUGUCCUGAGACCGUCAAUUAUGUGCUCCCACCCCACGCACCCCAUAUUUAG